AAUAGCUGGAGGCGACGGGGUCAGGCCGGUGGCCCUGCGAUCCUCAGGGUGGUCGGCGAGCCCAUCGGCGCUGAGCGAGCGACGGCCCUCCGGCCCGCGCGCGCUGCGCUUUCCGCCCCUCCGGCCCCGCCCGUCGGCCGCGCCGCGUCAUGCCGGGCGCUGCUGGGUGCUAGUGCCCGGGCCGCCGCCCUCCCGCCCGCCUGAAGCCGCGCCCACUGCCCAGAGCCAGAGGGAUGGUGGUAGUCACGGGGCGGGAGCCAGACAGCCGUCGCCCGGACGGUGCCAUGUCCAGCUCCGACGCCGAAGACGACUUUCUGGAGCCGGCCACCCCGACAGCCACGCAGGCGGGGCACGCACUGCCUCUCCUGCCGCAGGAGUUCCCUGAGGUUGUCCCCCUUAACAUCGGAGGGGCUCACUUCACCACACGCCUGUCCACCUUGCGGCGCUACGAGGACACCAUGCUGGCGGCCAUGUUCAGCGGGCGGCACUACAUCCCCACGGAUGCCGAGGGCCGCUACUUCAUUGAUCGGGACGGUGCGCACUUCGGAGAUGUGCUGAAUUUCCUGCGCUCGGGGGACCUGCCGCCCCGGGAGCGCGUGCGGGCCGUGUACAAAGAGGCCCAGUACUAUGCCAUCGGGCCCCUCCUGGAGCAGCUGGAGAACAUGCAGCCACUGAAGGGGGAGAAAGUGCGCCAGGCGUUUCUGGGACUCAUGCCCUAUUACAAAGACCAUUUGGAGCGGAUUGUGGAGAUUGCCCGACUGCGCGCUGUCCAGCGGAAGGCCCGCUUUGCCAAGCUCAAGGUCUGUGUCUUCAAGGAGGAGAUGCCCAUCACCCCCUACGAGUGUCCGCUUCUCAGCUCCCUGCGCUUCGAGCGGAGCGAGAGUGACGGGCAGCUCUUCGAGCACCACUGCGAAGUGGAUGUGUCCUUCGGGCCCUGGGAGGCCGUGGCUGACGUUUAUGACCUGCUGCACUGCCUGGUCACGGACCUCUCGGCCCAGGGCCUCACCGUGGACCACCAGUGCAUCGGGGUGUGUGACAAGCACCUCAUCAACCACUACUACUGCAAGCGCCCCAUCUAUGAGUUCAAGAUCACGUGGUGGAAGAAGAUGAGCCUUAAGUCUGAACGCCGAGGAAUUCAUGUGGAUCAAUCAGAGCUCCUAUGCAAGAAAGGAUGUGGUUAUUACGGCAACCCUGCUUGGCAGGGUUUCUGCUCCAAGUGCUGGAGGGAGGAGUACCACAAAGCCAGGCAGAAGCAGAUUCAGGAGGAUUGGGAACUAGCAGAGCGACUACAGCGGGAGGAAGAAGAGGCCUUUGCCAGCAGUCAGAGCAGCCAAGGGGCCCAAUCCCUCACAUUUUCCAAGUUUGAAGAAAAGAAAACCAAUGAGAAGACCCGCAAGGUUACCACAGUGAAGAAAUUCUUCAGUGCUUCAUCCAGGGUUGGAUCAAAGAAGGCAGAAAUUCAGGAACCAAAAGCUCCCAGUCCUUCUAUAAACCGGCAAACCAGCAUUGAAACGGAUAGAGUGUCUAAAGAGUUCAUAGAAUUUCUCAAGACCUUCCACAAGACAGGCCAAGAAAUCUAUAAGCAGACCAAGCUGUUUUUGGAAGCAAUGCAUUACAAAAGGGAUUUCAGCAUUGAGGAGCAGUCAGAGUGUACUCAGGAUUUUUACCAGAAUGUGGCUGAGAGAAUGCAGACUCGUGGGAAAGUGCCUCCGGAAAGAGUUGAGAAGAUAAUGGAUCAGAUUGAAAAGUACAUCAUGACUCGUCUCUAUAAAUAUGUGUUCUGUCCAGAAACUACUGAUGAUGAGAAGAAAGAUCUCGCUAUUCAAAAAAGGAUCAGAGCCCUGCACUGGGUUACACCCCAGAUGCUUUGUGUCCCUGUUAAUGAAGAAAUUCCAGAAGUGUCUGAUAUGGUGGUGAAAGCAAUUACAGAUAUCAUUGAAAUGGAUUCGAAGCGUGUGCCCCGGGAUAAGUUGGCCUGCAUCACCAAGUGCAGCAAGCACAUCUUCAAUGCCAUCAAGAUCACCAAGAACGAGCCAGCUUCAGCUGAUGACUUCUUACCCACUCUCAUCUACAUUGUUUUGAAGGGCAACCCCCCACGCCUUCAGUCCAAUAUCCAGUAUAUCACCCGCUUCUGCAACCCAAGCCGAUUGAUGACCGGAGAGGAUGGCUACUAUUUCACCAACCUGUGUUGUGCCGUGGCUUUCAUUGAGAAAUUAGACGCUCAAUCUUUGAAUUUAAGUCAGGAAGAUUUUGAUCGAUACAUGUCUGGCCAGACUUCUCCCAGGAAGCAGGAAUCUGAGAAUUGGUCUCCUGAUGCUUGUUUAGGUGUUAAGCAGAUGUAUAAGAAUUUGGAUCUCCUGUCUCAAUUGAAUGAACGGCAGGAAAGGAUUAUGAAUGAAGCCAAGAAGCUUGAGAAAGACCUAAUAGAUUGGACGGAUGGAAUCGCAAAAGAGGUUCAAGACAUUGUUGAGAAAUACCCACUUGAAAUUAGGCCCCCAAAUCAGUCUUUAGCAUCUAUUGACUCUGAAAAUGUUGAAAAUGAUAAACUUCCUCCACCGUUGCAACCUCAGGUUUAUGCAGGAUGAUGAAAAUUUACAUGGAUAGUAUUUAUUUGAGCCUAAAUUAUAGCCAGCCCUUACUGCAGUCCACUGAUUGGGGUCUAGAGUAUAACUUAAUUGCUUAUAAAUAUCAGAGCAUUUUUAAAGGUACAGUUUGUGGGGAUUGUUUUGUUCAUUUUGUUUUGUUUUUCCUGUCUGGGGAGACUUAGUAAAAAAGUACUAUUUAUUUGAGUCACUGAAUAGAUUCAUUUAAGACUUGUUUGAAAGUUUUGUCUGUAAAUCUGUUUUUUUCUCCAUGAUUUUCCUACGUGCUUUCUCUGUGGCAUUCAGUGUGUUUUGGAUUUGGUUAAAUAAUUGCCUUUUAAAGGAUAAAACAAAUGAAUGCUACAAAAAUGUAUGUUUAAGAAAAUACAACGGUACCACUGUUCUACAGUUUGAAAUAAUUUUAUAAUUGUAAAGAUAGAAGAUAUAUUGCUAAGUAAAUAUGUAAAAUUGUAAAUAUGUAAAAAAAAAAAGGAAUGGUGUCUGCUGUGCAUGGCAUGUCAUGUGUUAAUUUUUUUUUUUUUAGUUUAAAAUGAAGUAUAUUGAAUGUUUGCCUUUAACACCAUUUUAUUUGGUUUGCCCCACUAAAAUGAAUCUAGAAGUAUUUAGACAUACUCCCCUAAAAUGUUAACUCCAUUGUUACAAUGCGUUAGCCCUAACUUUGAGGUCCUGUACAGAGAAUGUGACACUGUUGAGGUUGAGGACACUUCUUAGGUCAUAUAAAGUUACUGAAGUAACUUGUCAAUUGAAGGUUGAACCGUGCUUUCGGCACCUCUUUUCUCCUUUCAUUCAGCAAAUAUUUACUGAGCUCUUGGUAAGGGAGGUGGUCCUGGGUCUGGGUCAGAAGACAGGACUGAAUAGGUCUCUGCAGAUGAGAGCUGAUGGGGAAUCCCUCUGAGCUUUACGGUGCAGGGGGGCCUUUCUGCCUCCAUGGUGUAAUUUUGAUUUUAUGGACAACCCAGACACACAUCAUAUAAGCCUCUUUCAGGAUUUCUCAACCUCAGUACUAUUUGGAUCCUGAGGACUUUUUUGUUUGAGUGCCGCCCCAUGCAUUGUAGGGUGUUUAGCGGUGUCCCUGGCCUCUACACCCACUAGAUGCUAGUAGCAACCCCCCCAGUUGUGAAAAAUCGUCUCCAGACAUUGCCAAAUGUCUCUUGGGGGACAGAAUUGCCCCCAGUUAGGAACUACUGAUCUACUUUGUAAGCAAAGGAGUUUUCCUUCUGGUGGGUAAUAUGAUGUAACCAAAGAAUAUUGCACCAAAUGCACAGUAUAACGUGAACUGAUAGCUCAUUCAGUGAGGCUCUACAGCCCCUGGCAGCGUGGAACCUUUUCUAAUCCUAAUGGAACCUUUCAUAACCUAAAUACACCAUUAUGAUCCUCCUUGCAUUCAGUGAUUUCUACAAAUUGUCAGUGUACCUGUGAAAUUGUAAUUCCCAGGGCACCAUUUUUGAACAAGAUCACAUCACACAAGCAGUUAAGAAAGCUUCCUUUGCUUUUCCAAUAUCUUUCUAAUGGUGUACCACAAAUCUGUAGUGCAGUAGUUUUGGAAUAAAACUGGGGGUGGGUAUAAAACUUUUUACCCUUUACUUAAAUUAACGUAUAAAAUCCAUCACGUUGACACAUCUAUUGUCCUAAAGCACUGAAGACAUGAAGCAGUUAACUGAGUCAGCUGAUUGCCAAGCUGACUUGGAAUGUAAUGAGUUACCAUCAAAUAAGGGGAGAAUCUGCUCACAGAAACCUGGGCCCAGAUGGUCUUCGUAGAAAGCUUUCCUCUUUUUUCUUUUCUAUGUACUUUCUAGGUGCUAAUCCAGGUAUACACACUCUUAAUUCUCCUGGGAAUAUACCGUUCUUUUAGUCGUUGUACAUUAUGUUUGUUAAAUAAAAUGCAUAUCAGCCUCCCCAAAAAGCUGUCUUCUUUUGACUUCUUGCCUAUGUUUAAAGUAAAUUGUUGAAUUGGUUUUUUUGUAUAUAUCUCAUAUUGGUUGAGUUCUUCAUAUUUGGACUCUUAUAUUUCUCUUAAGUUAGCAUCAGUACUAUGGCCAGAGUUUCUGUUUUCUCAACAAGAAAGUAUUGAUAUUUUAUGUACUAUAAAUGUGAUUAGAAUAAACUUUUGGAACAGAAGUCCUUAUCAAUAA